GGAAGCGUGUUGGAGGUCUGGCAGGGAAUCAGGGAGCCCCAGCGUUUGGGGGUGUGAAGAGUGUGGGGAACUUGCAGGAGUGUGUGGGGCUCUGGACAAGCAGGUUGGGAGAAGCCUAGGAGGGAGAGGCAGAAGAAGACUGCGGUGCUGUGUGCGGAAGCAGAGAUCUGUGGCUGGGAGCUAUGGGGGUGGAGGUGGCACAGCUGGGCUAACACUGACCUCGGGGCGGUGUGGUAUCUAAAUGAGCCGACACAUGGAAUUGACCCGCCCACCAAUUGCAAGUGCUUUCUACAAUGACCGUGGAAUUUCAGCAUGGGUCACGGCUAGAGGACUCCCUGAGGUCCUGUCCCCCGGGCCACUGUGACUGGGUUUGCACUGGAGUGGAAGGUGCUGGAAGGCAGACCGGCCGCUAUGUCCACAUUCAGGCAGGAAGAUGUGGAAGACCACUAUGAGAUGGGGGAGGAGCUGGGCAGCGGCCAGUUUGCGAUUGUGCGGAAAUGCCGGCAGAAGGGCACCGGGAAGGAGUACGCGGCCAAGUUCAUCAAGAAGCGCCGCUUGUCGUCCAGCCGCCGGGGGGUCAGCCGGGAGGAGAUCGAGCGGGAGGUGAACAUCCUGCGGGAGAUCCGGCACCCCAACAUCAUCACGCUGCACGACAUCUUUGAGAACAAGACCGACGUGGUGCUCAUCCUGGAGCUGGUCUCGGGCGGGGAGCUCUUCGAUUUCCUGGCGGAGAAGGAGUCGCUGACAGAGGACGAGGCCACCCAGUUCCUCAAGCAGAUCCUGGACGGCGUCCAUUACCUGCACUCCAAGCGUAUCGCCCACUUCGACCUCAAGCCAGAGAACAUCAUGCUCCUGGACAAAAAUGUGCCCAACCCGCGGAUCAAGCUCAUCGACUUUGGCAUCGCCCACAAAAUCGAAGCAGGGAACGAGUUCAAGAACAUCUUUGGCACCCCGGAGUUCGUGGCUCCCGAGAUUGUCAACUACGAGCCCCUGGGUCUGGAGGCGGACAUGUGGAGCAUUGGCGUCAUCACCUACAUCCUUUUGAGUGGCGCGUCACCAUUCCUGGGAGAGACCAAGCAGGAGACCCUGACCAACAUCUCGGCCGUGAACUACGACUUUGACGAGGAGUACUUCAGCAACACCAGCGAGCUGGCCAAGGACUUCAUCCGCCGGCUGCUCGUCAAAGACCCCAAGAGGAGAAUGACCAUUGCCCAGAGCCUGGAGCAUUCCUGGAUCAAGGCGAUCCGGCGGCGGAACGUGCGGCGGGAGGACAGUGGCCGCAAGCCGGAGCGGCGGCGCCUGAAGACGGCCCGCCUCAAGGAGUACACCAUCAAGUCGCACUCGAGCAUGCCCCCCAACAACACCUACGUCAACUUCGAGCGCUUCUCCAAGGUGCUGGAGGAGGUGGCAGUGGCCGAGGAGGGCCUGCGUGGGCUCGAGCACAGCCGGCGCCUGUUCCACGAGGACAUCGAGGCGCUGACGGCAAUCUACGAGGAGAAGGAGGCCUGGUACCGCGAGGAGAACGAGAGCAUCGGCCAGGACCUGCGGCGGCUGCGCCAGGAGCUGCACAAGACGGAGGCGCUCCAGCGGCAGGCCCAGGAGGAGGCCAAGGGCGCCCUGCUGGGGGCCAGCGGGCUCAGGCGCCGCUUCAGCCGCCUCGAGAACCGCUACGAGGCGCUGGCCAAGCAGGUGGCCUCCGAGAUGCUAUUUGUGCAGGAUUUGGUGCGCGCCAUGGAGCAGGAGAAGCUGCAGGGGGGGGAGUGCAGCCUCCGCUAGGGCCGCUCGGGGCACAGUGUCCUGCACCCCGGGGGGAGCCCCUCGUCACCCUGGUGUGGCCCUGGAUGCGCUCCACAUGGCCCAGGAGUCCACGGCUGAGGGGAGGGCUUUGGCCCGGCUCUGCACCAGGAGGAUGUGGCUGAUGUGGGCCUUCUCUGUGCAACCCGAGUCUUCCCCCACAGGCCCCAGCUCAGCCCCUCCCUCCUGCAUCUCGACUCUGGGGGCUUCUGGGACAGCAUCACCACAGGAACUCUGGAAGAGGUUGACACCACCAAGGCAGCUCUGGCCGUGGUGGACACAGAUGCCUCACACGUGGCAGGGUGUAGGGGUGGCAGCCUCCAUGUGCAGGGCCUGGGUCAGCGGCUGCAGGACCUCCAUGUGGUCUGAGUGCUUGGAGCCUUGGUGUGGGGACGGGGGUGUCUGAGUGCCCUGGGCUCGCCCCUGGGGCUCAGACUUGGAGGGGCCUCUGCUCGACACCCCGGCUCCUCCUGUUCUGGAGACGGAUGGCUGCUCCUGCAGGGUCCGUGGUGGAGGUGGUCUCUGAGCCCAGCUCUUCAGAUACCCCAGCCCCUCGCAGGGCCCCCAGCGUGGGGCUGGGCACCAGGGCCAGAGCUGAGGAGAUGACGCAGCCCUCGAGGAGGUGUGGGUCUGGGGGUUGUACUGGGGGCAGUGUGUGGCAGGGCACAGCGCCUGGAUGCAGUAAAGGAAACAUCUGCAAAGCUGAGUCUCUACUCUCUCCCUGAGGCAGGCCCGCUGGGGGCCGGGAAGGGGGGAAGAGCUGUGGCCGCCUGGAGCCUCCUGCAGCGGCAGGCUGUGGAACCAUCCCCUCCUCUCCAGCUCCCUGUCAACGCACAGCGCUGACUCUUCCGGCGGGGGUCCCACCCACUGCCCUGCCCCGUGUCACUCCCUCCCCCAGUGCUGCCUUCAGGACAGCACCUCUCGGGUGGGCCCCACGGAGUAGCUGCUGGAGGCCCGUGUUCCCAGCGUCCCCUCCCUGGAGAGCCCCAGGGCCCCUUACAAACGCCCCACCCCAUGCUCCGUGCCGCCUAUUUGACUGCCUCUGCUGGCCUGGUGUUUUCAGGGACUCCCUCUCCGGUGGAGGUGGAGCCUUGGCGAGUGCUGGCCUGGACCGCAGGGUUAAGAGGGUUUCAGCGGGCAGUGCCGCUGUGCGCCACUAGGUGCUGCCCUGGAGCGGGUUCUUGCGCCCCAGAGAGAGUGCCCUGAGAGCCAGGCUUCGGUGGAACGUGGGUCUCCGGCUGGUGGCCACUCUGAGCUCGGAGUUCUCUGCUGCUGGUUGUGUUAAUUGAGGGACCCCUGUGCAGCCCCCCUUGGCCCGAGAGGAAUCCUCAGGACAGAGGCCAGCCCAGGCUGAGUGCAGGGAGGAGCUGGGCAGGCGGGCAGGUACUCUACCUGUGGCCCUGGCUGGGGCUCAGGCCCAGGACCCUGCGGGGCCGAGGAGGCCUUGGGACCUAGAUGUGGGCUUGGCGUGGGUGGGGGUGGGCCCGCUGUACGCCCCUCGUGAGCUCCACUGCAUGACACACACACCUCUAAGCGUAUGUGUGCUGCUCGGAGGCGUGUGUGUCAGCUUAGAGGAAGUGAAGCGUGGCUUCCCUGGCGUCCUGCUCGUCUCUGGCAGGGGCGGCCAGCCUUGGCAGUCACCUGGUGCCACGGCCUCUCCGCCCUCUUGUGUCUCCCCCUCUCUGUCACUGCCUGCUCCCACAGCCCUGGGGGGCCUUGGAGGCUGCUCCAACCUUGGGGCUCAGGUGGACUGGGCCUCUUGUUGUUGCCGUGAGGUGGAGGCGUCCAGGCAGCUAGAGUGAGUUUGGAGGGGUUUCCUGUCCCUUGGCUCCUCCUGAGACGCUGCUGGAUCACAUGUGGGCUGCCCUGCACCGCGCUGGGCCCUCCCGGAGGAGAUGUCCUUGCCGCUCCUGCUCCCACUCGCCUCGGCCUCUGGGUCUGGAACGUGGUUCCAAAGAGGGCCCUUCUGACCCUCUUCCUCCUUCCCAGCGGCCUGCUCGACCUUCUGUUGCCUCGUUCCAUGCAUCCCUCCCCGCACCGGUUUUUAAAAACUAAAUUUAGAAAAAUUGAGAUAAGGCUUACUGUACAAUUCAUCCCUUUUCAUUUGUCUGUUUUUGACCAACAACUUCCACUUUUAAAAUCUCAGUAAAUUUCAGUUUGUCGAA